AUGAAAAUCUUCUGCCUGGGGCUCCUAGUCUUCCCACUCACCCAUGGUGUGCUGGGAGCCUAUAACCUGGUGCAAGAGUACUCGGGGCAGUCCUUUUUUGAGGGCUGGGAUUUCUAUGGUGCAUAUGAUAACACGACUUUGGGAGAUGUUUUCUUUGUGACCGAGCAAACCGCAACCACUUUGCAUCUUGCAUACGUGAAUUCCGCAGGAAAUGCAAUCAUCAGGGUCGACAAUACGACAUCGGUCCCAAGCAAUCAGAAGCGUAAUUCCGUCUAUAUUUCUACUGCGACGUAUUUCCCAAUAGGAAGUGUGUUCAUAAUUGAUUUGUCCCACAUCCCCUACGGAUGCUCCGUGUGGCCAGCCUUCUGGACAAAAGGUGCAGAUUGGCCGACCGAUGGCGAGAUCGACAUCAUCGAGACGGUCAAUCUUGUGAACAACAAUCAGUACGCGCUACACACCGGAUAUAACGGUUGCGUUGCAACGAAUGUGGGCCAAACAGGUACACUAGCCAAUGCCAAUUGUACCUCCACGGCUACAAGCGAUGUCGGCUGCACUUUCCAAGAAACCCAGGCAAAUAGUGUGGGCUCAGGGUUCAAUUCAGCUGGUGGUGGCGUGUAUGCAACUCAAUUUGAUGUAUCCGGCGUUUAUAUCUGGUUUUGGAGUCGCGCAAACAUUCCUUCCUCCAUUUCCUCAAGCACGACCUCAGUGAACACGUCCUCGUGGGGAAGUCCGUCUGCCGCCUUCCCUGCAACCGAUUCCUGUGAUAUCAGCAAGUUUGUUGCACCGCAACAACUUGUGCUCGAUAUCACACUCUGUGGGAGCUGGGCUGGCUUGGCUUCUGUGUAUCAGGAGACGUGCCCCGUGAAUGGAACCGCCGGUCUCAAUACCUGUUACGAUAAUAACGUUAUCGAUAACGGCACCCCCGCGUACGCAGAGGCUUACUUCGAGAUAUCCUACGUCAAGGUAUUCUCACUGAACGAGACUUCGACCAGCACUUCGUCGAGCACCUCAUCGUCAGGCAGUGCCUCCACGUUGAGUAGUACCUCCACGUCGGGCAGUCCGACAUCGAGCUCUUCAGCGAGCACCACUUCCACGACAAAAGCCUCCGGCGCGAUUCCCAUCGUCCAGCUGAGGAGCACCGCUGCCGGUGUUUUCGCAGCCAUGCUGACCCUGUCGUUGAUUUUCUAA